AGCAGCUCAGCGCUCAGUCAGUCUCAGGCUGUCCGGCCAGGGUGGUUGGUGGUGAGGAUUCAGGCUCCGUCCUGACAAGGCCGUGGCCUGAAGCUCAGGGCCCCCAGCCCCUCCCUCCCAGCCCACCAGCGUCCCCCACCCAGCCCCGAGCUGGACCGCACACCUUGGGACACGGUUUUCCACUUCCUAAGGACGAGCCCCAGACUGGAGGAGAGGUCCGAGCUCCUCCAGGCACCGUCGGGGCAGGCGGAAGGGAAGAAGGAAAGGUGAGAGAAAAGGUGGGCGUUGGACUCUUUGCGAGGACCCCGGCGGCGGGCCCCGGGGAGGCGGCCGAGGCGGCGGCGGCCGGGGGCGACAUGGCGGAGGAGCAGGACCUGUCCGAGGUGGAGCUGAGCCCCGUGGGCUCCGAGGAGCCGCGCUGCCUGUCCCCGGGGAGCGCGCCCUCUCUGGGGCCCGACGGCGGCGGUGGAGGCGGCGGAUCGGGCCUGCGAGCCAGCCCGGGGCCCGGCGAGCUGGGCAAGGUCAAGAAGGAGCAGCAGGACGGCGAGGCGGACGAUGACAAGUUCCCCGUGUGCAUCCGCGAGGCCGUCAGCCAGGUGCUCAGCGGCUACGACUGGACGCUGGUGCCCAUGCCCGUGCGCGUCAACGGCGCCAGCAAGAGCAAACCGCACGUCAAGCGGCCCAUGAACGCCUUCAUGGUGUGGGCGCAGGCAGCGCGCAGGAAGCUGGCGGACCAGUACCCGCACCUGCACAACGCCGAGCUCAGCAAGACGCUGGGCAAGCUCUGGAGGCUGCUGAAUGAGAGUGACAAGCGCCCCUUCAUUGAGGAGGCCGAGCGGCUCCGGAUGCAGCACAAGAAGGAUCACCCAGAUUACAAGUACCAGCCGCGGAGGCGGAAGAACGGGAAGGCGGCCCAGGGAGAGUCAGAGUGCCCAGGCGGGGAGGCCGAGCAGGGCAGUGCUGCUGCCAUCCAGGCCCACUACAAGAGCGCCCACCUGGACCACCGGCACCCGGGCGAGGGCUCCCCGAUGUCAGAUGGAAACCCUGAGCACCCCUCGGGCCAGAGCCAUGGCCCGCCCACCCCUCCGACCACCCCAAAGACAGAGCUGCAGUCGGGCAAGGCAGACCCCAAGCGGGAUGGGCGCUCCAUGGGGGAGGGCGGGAAGCCUCACAUCGACUUCGGCAACGUGGACAUCGGUGAGAUCAGCCACGAGGUAAUGUCCAACAUGGAGACCUUUGAUGUGGCUGAGUUGGACCAGUACCUGCCGCCCAACGGGCACCCGGGCCAUGUGGGCAGCUACUCGGCAGCUGGCUACGGGCUGGGCAGCGCCCUGGCUGUGGCCAGUGGACACUCUGCCUGGAUCUCCAAGCCUCCAGGUGUGGCUCUGCCCACGGUCUCGCCACCUGGUGUGGAUGCCAAAGCCCAGGUGAAGACGGAGACCGCGGGGCCCCAGGGGCCCCCGCACUACACUGACCAGCCGUCCACCUCGCAGAUCGCCUACACCUCCCUCAGUCUGCCCCACUAUGGCUCCGCCUUCCCCUCCAUCUCCCGCCCCCAGUUUGACUACUCUGACCAUCAGCCCUCAGGACCCUAUUAUGGCCAUUCAGGCCAGACCUCUGGCCUCUACUCGGCCUUCUCCUACAUGGGGCCCUCACAGCGGCCCCUCUACACGGCCAUCUCUGACCCCAGCCCCUCAGGGCCCCAGUCCCACAGCCCCACACACUGGGAGCAGCCAGUAUAUACGACGCUGUCCCGGCCUUAAAGAAGGCCCUGUCACCACCACCCUCGCCCUGCCCCUUCCCCCAGCCCUCGCGCCCUGUUCCUCGCCCAUCUCAGGCCCGGUGGCGGCUGUGGAGGCAGCUGCAGAGGCUGACAGCUGAGGGAAGGCCUUCUGUCUGGCCCACUGCCUUUGAUGACCCCACCCCGUCCUAUCCAGACUCCAGCCCAGGCACAGCCCUGGGCUACUCGGCUGGGCAGAGGAGAAGGAGGUUGCUUGUUGCCCCAGACUGAAAAACGAGGGGCUGCACCUUCCCCCCAGGAAUGACCCUCGAUCCCAGGAUCUGAGCAGGCCCCGCUCACCCUCCUCUGGGAGGAGGGGAAGCAUCCAGGGUCAGAUGGGAAUUGGAGGCCUUGCCACUCCUGUGCCCAUGUUUCCUCUUUCGUGGGCAAUAAGGGGACUGACAUAACCCGUGCCACCUGCGCCAUGUGCCUAAGAGCAAGGCCAGCCAGAGACCUGCGUCAGUGCCUGCAGCAGGCUCCGUCUGCCCCGCAGGGGCUGAGGACAGUUCUGAAUAGCCUCGAGGGAGAGGGGGUGGGGGGGGGGCUCAGAGGGAGGUCUCCUCAACCCUUCAGUGCCCCCUCCCCUCCUGAACACAGGAAGGGAUUGGCACAGAGGCCCCC